AUGGGCAACACGCUAGACAGAAUUGGUGGUUAUGAGGAGCCUCCUGAAUCCACCGAAGGAAUAUUCUCUAACCCUCUAGGCUCAGCAUCCAAGAAGAAAAAACUAACACGUAAAAGAACAUCUUCACAAAAAAGCGUUGUAAAGCCUGAGCAUGAUGAAGACGAACCUGAAGUGAAGAGUUUCAAGUUGGAUACACCUCAUUAUCUUUAUGAAAAGUUAUUCCUUAGGGGGGAGGACUCGAACAUAACAGUGCGUGCUUUGGAUAGAACAUGGAAAUUGCACAGAUUUUAUCUGCAGCAGUGCUCAUUUUUCGAAGCUUUGUUGAGCGGUGAUUGGAGUGAUUCUAAGAAAGAAGUACAUGACUUAGACAUCCCUGAUGACCCCAAUAUAACAACAGAAGGUCUGGAUGCCGUCUUCGGAUCAUUGUAUCAGAAUGAAUUAUUAUACCGAGAAGAAGAUCUCAUAUCAAUAGCUGCAACAGCGUCCUAUUUCCAACUAGACUCAGUUUUGAACAGAUGUGAUGAAGAAAUGGAGAUUCAUCUGAAUGAUAAUACUAUCAUGCGCUACCUGCGCGUGGCGGCAAAGUACGGACUUUCAAGGGUUGAAAAAACUGCGCAAUCUCUACUACACUGGAAUUUUUGGAGACUUAUGACAGAUAAGAACAUGCUGAAAGAACUAGAAGAAACUUAUUUUAUGCGUUUGUUGUCCUCAACAGAGUUGUUAUUAGUCGAAGGAGAAAUGGAUCUGUAUGCCAUGUUAAAAACAUGGAUUUUUCUUCAACAUCAUCCCGAAUGUAGCUCACUCAAGUCGGAAGCUUUCAUAGAAAAAGAAAAGUCGUUCUUCACAUCACAGCCCCGCAAUUCCUUAUUCUUCAAAUACUCACGUUUGUUAGGAACACUCAGGCUUCACCACCUAGUGAUGACGACAUCUUGUCUGCAGGAACUUGACCGUGAUGGGCUGAUUCCGAGAGAGAUUAUAAACGGCAUAAUGGUGGACCAAUGGAAAACGUUGUUAGAAAAUGAAGAGAAACCUGAGGGCAUAGGUGAUAUAGCCAUUGAGAACUUUUAUAUAAAUUGCAUUCGCCUAGGAAGAGUCGUGAAAAGUUCUCCAAAAUGCUGGAGAUGGUCGGGAUACAACUCGGGUAUGGAUGUUAUUCUCAAUUAUAACAAAGGAUUACUAACAAUGAAACGGAAUUGUCUGAGUCAGGCUACUCCUUACUCUAUAAGCCUGAAAGGCGAAAGAACAGUUCAUUUUAGAAUGGUAGUUUGUAACGCACAUGGUACUUGUCUUCACGAUACCGCCAAACAAGCAGUGUCGUUACGUCUGGAUCAGAGUGUUGUAAUUUGCCGAUUAGCUGAUACUACCGCACUUCCGAUCACAGUUCAUUUCUUCUAUUUAGCAGCUCAUUCUCCUCCUCCAUCUUUCCUUUAUAUUAACAAAUUUGUAAAUACCAUGAAAGAGUUGCAAGGAGAAGACGAUGAAAUGUAUGGAAUCAAGAGUGAGGGGGGAAAAGAUUAUGAUGAAGCUGAAUACGGGAAAGAAUCUGAUUCAGAAGGUGAUGAUUCUAACAAUCAGGGUUAUGUAUAA